AGCUACCAACAUGGAAGAUUUGGCGCAUGAGUUUGAAGUUAGAUCUACGACUUAAAUUAAUUUUUAAAAUCACAUAACUGGAAAUAUACGAUAUAGAUUCUAAUCAUGUCAUCAGCUGUUCAUAACUGGUUUAAUUCAGAGGUGUUUUUGUGGAGAAAUUUAGCCAGUGUGUUUUGGUCUAUAUUGAAAAUUCCUGUUGUUUUAAUCUUCUUCAACUUUUUGUCUGGAUUAUCUAUCACUCAUCCACUGGAAUGGUUAUUUGGUACAUUUGCUGUCGUACUUACCUCAAGAUUUUGGUUGUGUGCCCUUGUAAACACAGCUUGUUUGGUGCUUGUUUCACGCUUCACAAUUCCUCACUUUUCUGUUGCAGCUGAUAUUGAUUCUUCAAUGUUGAUGUCUGUGUUAAAUCUUCUUCGUUGGAAGCGCCUACCAUUGCUUGUUAUCAGUUCUGUAUCUGGGGCUGUUUCUGCUUGGAGUUUAUCUGGACUUAUUGGCCCAGAAUAUGGCUCACUUACCACUGUUAUAGAGCCAGAAACAAGGCUGACAGUUUUAAAUGAGACUCAUUUGUUCAUAGUUGCUUCUGGGAUAUUAGCUGGCAUUUGCUCUUUUGUAUUUUUUUUUAGAGACCGUCAGUAUUUUCUGGCAUUUCCUAAUGUACAUAGGCUGAAAUUAUUUCGAGUCAAAAAUGGAACAUUACAGUUAUUUAAAACAACAUCAUGGUUAUCUCUUCAUGUUGUGAAAUAUUUUUAUAUUCUCUAUUGUUUGUUUGGUGAAGUGCCGAAGAUGUGGAUUACACGCUCUUUUAACAUAAAUAAUAAUCCAAAUGUCCCAGAGUUUAGCACCUUUGUUGGACUAUUCAACCCUUCAUUGUUCUGGCAGACAUAUCUGUGCACCUUUUUCAUCAUUUUCAUGUGGUCUUUAGCCAGAAUUAUGAUAAGAAUUUAUCAUACUGAGCGAAUUGAAUUUUGUGUCAACAAUGUAUUAGCUGAGGAUGCUGAUAAAAACCUUGCAGAUGCUUUGUCCUGUAAAGAAUCUUCAAUUCUUCAGCAUUUAGCAUUUCUGGACUUGAAUUGGCUCUCUAAGUAUUCACCCUCUAGACGACAAGAGCUUCUCAGCCUUAGUCAACCUGGUGGCCAUCCAAGAGCAUGGGUUGCAACAAGUUCAGCAGCUCUUCAGGCUGUCAGGGAGCUUUGUGACGCCAUCAGAGAUGAGAACACUGCAGUCAUGUCCAGGGUUUCUGUCAGUGCUCAGAAAAGUGUCAGUAACUUUUCAUCAUCCUCAUACAAUCCUAGUGCUGCAGGAGAUUCUUAUUCUUCAACAUUUUUAAACACUGAUGGAUCAGUUACACCAAGUAGUUCAGAUGAAGAUGUGAAAACACCUUCUCCUUUAAUGAAGUGGAUUUCAUCCCUGGGAAAUCUUCCAUUUCUUUCUCAACUAAUAGCUGAAUAUCCAGACAUUUCCAGCAGGAGACUUUUCUCCUACUGUCAGAUGCAUAUUUGGGCAGUUGAGGCACUGUCCCAGAUUGCAUCAAAAUCAAUAACUGAAGACAAGUAUGGUGUUGUUCAGACCAUACUGCCUUCCUUGAUCCGAACAUUAUUGGAUCUUUAUGAGGCCAUGGAAAAACAUUUUAAACUGACCACUAGUGUGCUGAGGCGCACCAAUGGUGUUUAUGAUGGACCACCUGAUGCCCUGUUAAGGUUUGAGCUUCACGCUAUCAACAAAGCUGCCAUUUAUCGGAUAGUCAACAGUUACCAACUACAUUUAGAAGACUUGAGGAUAGGCCAAGAUUAUUUUAGAAAGCUUCAGCCAUUUAUAGCUUACCAUGCAUGAGUGAUUGUUAUAUUUAAUGUCAAAUUUAAAGAAACAAGCAAAGAUGUUAUAUUUAAUAACAUGAGAAGCUUACAUUUAUGACUACACUGUGUAGGGGAGAAAACCACACAUGAAAUGCUACAGCCUUAAUGUGGUUUCUAGCUUUUAUUCUAAAUUAGAAUAAGACCAUGGACUUUAAGUAAAAUUAUGCAUUUUAAGUGUACUGAUAAUAGAUACAAACAGUAAAUAUUGUUUCAUUUCUUCCUCUGACUUUCAUUUAGCUUUUAACUACAUAAUUUAUUAAUUAAGCAUUAUUAUAUUCUUUUUGCAAUGUUUAUUGCUAUUGUAGCUCACAAAAAUUCAAGCAUUAUUAUAUAUUUGCCAUUGUUUGUAUUGUAAAAUAAAUUGAAUAUUGUUGCA